AGCACAACUAAGGACCUAUCAUCACUCGUCGAGCUCACCCCUCUUUGAUUUAGGUUCUGAUACACCCUUGGAAGGAAAGUACGUCAGAAACAGGCUCAACCCCCAUACAUAUCACUGCCCACCCGGGAUCCGUCUCGAUGGGCAUUCCUGUCCUCCAGCACGAUGCUCAUGAAGAUUCGGAAGACCAUCAUUCCUGGGGAUCUCAUAACGACGACGUGACCAACCAGCCGACCCCGAUACCAACCAUAAUGCCAUCGGGUGGUCUAUCCUUCACUGCCAUAAUCGAAUUCACUCUAUCUGAUUUUAAGAGCGAGAUGCCCACCUACGAGCAUCAGACUGGGAAUUUUCUGUCUGGGUGGUUGACUGGGAUCCGGCCACCACAAGGUGCUCCGUCGACACAGUCCAGCAUAUCGCAUACCAUCCCAUAUUCCGACAUUAAUGGGCCACAAACAACACCAACUCGCAUCUAUACUGGACCAAAUCCCACAUCUACUGGCAACAAUGACAACGGGAACGACGGCUCGACGGAUAUGCAAAGGAAUGGGCCUAAUCAUACAAUAACGUACGCUGCAGCUGGAGUCGUCCCAGUCGUGAUUCUGGCUAUCCUCGGUGUUGCUCUCUUCUUUUACCUGCGUAAGCGUAAGCGGGACAAACAGGUGAAGGCUGUGCAGGCGCAUGUAGAGGAGAUGAAGACGAGAAAUCAACCUUUUGUCCAACCUCUCGUCCAUCCUGGAGCCCCACCUUCUACCCAACCCCAAUACGCUACACCUCCAUCCCACCCUCUUCCCACUUUAGCAAGCCCGACCACUCCCCAACCGGUCAUUCUAGGACCGAUUGCGCCAGGUUCCAGUGGAGCAUACUACACCGGUAUUGACACCUCAGACAUUGUGUCGAUGCAUGACCCGCAGGAUCGCACUGGCCUUGGAAAUCCGUUCGUCAAUGGAGAUGAGGCACAGGACGAACCCCCACCACCAUACCGGCCCCGAAGUGUUGCUCCUCUGUCGCGCGACACAAGCCUGCGAGCUCCCCCAGCCGCGCAUUCACACACAAACUUGAUUUCGAGCCAAGAUCACCCCACGCGAUCGCCUUUCGCAGAUCCGACCGAUGAUGAUGAUGCAGUCUCGGACUUGUCAGGGCCCACGUUCCGAAGAAACCAGGAUAGGAUCUCGGUAGUAUCCGACUUGUCGUACCAAGACGACCCGGUAGUGGUAAGACCGGCAGUAUGAACGACGAGACGAGACGAGGCGAGAUGAGAGGAAACGGUUUCGUACCUGUACAUAAUAGUCCGGAAGACGAGCAGGUUCGAUGCAGUCAACUGCACUAUUCCUUACUUAAUUUCUCUUCAGUGCAUGC